CCCCAAAUGGCACCUUCAAUCGUAGACGAGUACCAGAUUCAUGAGCCAAUAAACAAGCAGCAACCUCCUCAUGCUGAUUGGCUCAGCUUGCGUGCGCUGCCUUUAUUCGAAACCCGAUUUUUCUCCAUUCUUCCCCUUUCCUGCUUGCUCGAGGUACAAGCUACCAUAAUGUGGUUCUUAGUCUGUAUGCUGAACUUCGUCCUGGCUGGCAAGGGCCUUGAGAUUCCGGGGACCCUGUAUUUCUCUCCUCCCGACGCUCAUGUUGAAAUGGACACUGUCCCGAUGACAUGUUCUCGCCUCCAGUCCACCCCACAACAGACUGGCUUUCGGAUAGUCUUCUCCGUCUUCGUGGAGACUGAUGAGGCCGUCGUCAUGGCAGGCGUGAGCGGCUAUUCUGCCGAACAGACAGCAACUGGUGGCCAUAUCGACUCGUCGCUUCUGUCCACGAGAACACUGGGUUUGCUCGUCUAUCUACAGCGUCCAUACGUCCGAUUAAAUAUCAGUCGUCUGUCCGACGGUGUGGUGCGUCUUCUGUUGCAGCACACAAUCGGUUUCUUCGAGGCGUCCUGGGAGGGCUGGCACGAUGUGGAAGUGGGUGUGAGGCCGUUGAGGCUGGGCAAACUGAACGGCCUCAGUCGGUCUGACGAUUCUGGCCAAGUGGUUUUCCGCUACGACAACCUUUUGUCGCGGGGCCAUCUUCCGCUGGGAGACGUGUUAUGGCCGCGGCCGGAGGUGACACGACUCAUGCAACAGACAGUUCGGCCAGACAGACUGUGGCUUGGUGAUGAGCUCUUCUUCGGUCUGCCGCCCACAGGCUCCUUGUCGAGGCAGGCGGCAGAGACGCUCUACAAAUCGAAAGACACCGAGUCUACCGCCACAUCCCUCGACCGGCCCAGCGACACACACUCCGCGCAUGACAACCAAGUUGGGCUGUCAACUGUCUCGGGGUUGCCAGGCCUCUUGGGUCGCCUUAGCAACGUAAUGCUGGAGGCUGACUGCACCUGCGAUGGCAAGCCGUUUGGACCGAGAUUCUUAACUUCGGGAGGCGGCAUCUCUUGGCUACAGAUCUGUGACACAGCCUCGUUUCCUGGGCACCGGCUGUGGCAGGGCGCGAGGACUAAAGUGGCGCCGGCGAUUUGUGGCACCAACGAAACCGUCGCGAGGCGUAUACAGGCGACUGGGCAACCCUGUGUCUGCAAUUCCCACUGGCAUAGAGGGACGCCAAGCUCCAAUCAGCCGACACAAUGUUUCUGCCCUAAGGCCUGUCGAGCGGAAACAAGUAAGGCAGGCUGUCGUAAGAAGACUAGCAACAAGUUGCAUAAGUCGAAUUUAUACUUGUCCUACUUGUAG